AUGUUAUUAGUUCCAUGUACUGAAAGCUUAUUUUUUGCUGUUUUUAAAGGUUAUGUUCAUCAAUUUUCAAAUAAUCCACGAGUGUAUAAAUGCAGGUUUCAUGGAGAGUCUGCAUAUUCAACUUUAGCACAAAUUUUAGAAGAUCCUAGAUGGGGUCAAAAAAAUUAUGAUCAAAAUCAACAAAU